CAGUGCUCAACUGCUCAUCCUCUCCAAAAAAGAUUGGUCCUUUUCCGAUCAUCGAUCUCGCGAUUGGGUGUGCACUCCUCGAAGCUGGUGUUCAGUUGGGUCUUGCUGAUAAUUACCUGUGGCUAAUAGUUUAACUAAGUGAUGGCAAAUCUUGCUGAUUCUUUCUUGGCGGACCUUGACGAGUUAUCAGAUAAUGAAGAACCUAUUCUUGACAAUGAAGACAAUGAUGCAGAAAACAUGGAAGAAGAUGGUGAUGGUGAUAUGGCUGAUCUCGAAGCUCUGAAUUAUGAUGAUCUUGAUAGUGUAUCAAAAUUGCAGAAAACACAACGGUAUAAUGACAUUAUGCAGAAAGUUGAAGAUGCGUUGCAGAAGGGAACAGAUAUUUCUAGCCAAGGGAUGGUACUGGAAGAUGAUCCUGAAUAUCAAUUGAUUGUGGAUUGCAAUGCCCUGUCAGUUGAUAUUGAAAACGAAAUAGUUAUUAUUCACAAUUUUAUUCGAGACAAUUACCGGUUGAAGUUCCCUGAGCUUGAGUCCCUUGUUCACCAUCCUAUUGACUAUGCUCGGGUUGUAAAGAAGAUUGGAAAUGAAAUGGAUUUGACCCUUGUUGAUCUGGAAGGACUUUUGCCCUCAGCUAUUAUUAUGGUGGUUUCUGUUACUGCAUCAACAACAAGUGGCAAACCCCUUCCAGAGGAGAACUUAAAGAAAACAAUUGAUGCUUGUGAUCGGGCACUUGCAUUGGAUGUUGCAAAGAAGAAAGUGCUUGAUUUUGUAGAGAGCAGGAUGGGUUAUAUUGCACCUAAUCUUUCUGCGAUUGUUGGCAGUGCAGUCGCAGCAAAACUCAUGGGAACUGCUGGUGGCUUGUCAGCUUUAGCAAAAAUGCCAGCUUGUAAUGUUCAGCUUCUUGGGGCAAAGAAAAAGAAUCUUGCUGGGUUUUCAACUGCGACCUCUCAAUUCCGUGUUGGUUAUCUAGACCAGACAGAGAUUUUCCAAAGCACCCCUCCUUCUUUGAGGGUCCGUGCUUGCCGGUUGUUGGCUGCUAAAUCAACCCUAGCAGCAAGAGUAGACUCGACAAGAGGAGAUCCCACAGGGAAGACUGGAAGGGAUCUGCGAGAGGAGAUUCGUAAAAAAAUAGAGAAAUGGCAAGAACCACCCCCUGCAAAGCAACCGAAACCUCUUCCAGUUCCAGAUUCAGAACCUAAAAAGAAGAGAGGUGGACGACGGCUGCGUAAAAUGAAAGAAAGAUAUGCGGUUACUGAUAUGAGGAAACUCGCCAACAGAAUGCAAUUUGGAGUCCCAGAAGAGAGUUCCCUUGGUGAUGGACUUGGGGAAGGGUAUGGUAUGCUUGGUCAGGCAGGAAGCGGAAAGCUACGGGUUUCAGUCGCUCAAAGCAAACUUGCUACUAAAGCUGCUAAAAGGUUUAAAGAUAAGCAUUAUGGAAGUAGUGGUGGUGCUACCUCAGGAUUGACUUCGAGUUUGGCAUUUACACCGGUGCAAGGAAUUGAACUCUCAAACCCACAAGCUCACGGGAAUCUUCUUGGAAGCGGAACUCAGAGCACCUAUUUCUCGGAGAUAGGCACUUUCUCGAAGAUUAAGAGAACAUAGAACAUGAAAUCGAUCCUCAAGGAAAGGGAAGCCGGAAUCUACAAUGCGUCGGUGGCCAGAAUAGUUGAACUACUUCUAUUUAGAAGAAAUGAAAUCAAGAAUGCUAUAACUACUGCUGCUUUUUUAGAGAAAUGAAUUCAAGAGUAUACUGAAUUCAUCAAACCUAAUCUCAGAAUUUUUGCAGUUUUGUUGUACAGCACAUUCCAUAGAAUCUUGGGAAUGGAAUUCUAGUUUUCCUUAUUUGCUUUGAA